AUGGCUUGGAGUGAUAUCGCCAGGGCAUUAAAUCGCGUAAGCACGGCGCAAAAAAGAGGAUCAAUCAACACCUACGAUAUCGUCCUACCAGCCCUUUCUCAGGAUGGUAAAUCUGCUUUUAUGGAAAUUGGCGAUAUACGGCAGUGGGAAGGUGAUGCAAAGCAAAGAAACUCUACCUCCGGACAAAAAUCGUCGAGCACACAAGAACCCAUGCAA